AUGGAUCUGGCGACCUUUGACGGAUCCUUUGCGCCGGCGGUGCGGCCGCGAGGCGUGAGGCUGACGCCGUGGUAUCGUAGCCGAGACUAUUUUGUCGGGCAGUGGCUGGACGUGUCUGUGUGGAAGUCAGCAGUUGUCGAAAUGAUCGCAACUUCAUGCCUCGUCUUCAUCUCCGGCCAAAUUACCGCUACCAUAGAGGGCUACGGGACACCGCAGGUCGGCGGCUACAUUGGCAUUUCCAACAUCAUCUUGUUGUCGACCUUCAUCUACGCCACGGCGCCUGCUUCCGGUGGCCACCUGAAUCCGCUAAUCACCUUUUCGGCGAUUCUCACGGGUCUCUGUUCCGUGCCUAGAGGCAUUCUCUACCUCUCUGGGCAAACUCUUGGAGGCGCCCUUGCCGGCGGACUUCUCUUGGGCGUCUGGGGCCGUGAACGAGCAACUAGCCUGCAAGGUGGCGGCUGCUGGUACGACCCAUCGCAGGCAUCUCCCGGUCAAGUCUACCUCAACGAAGCCUUCUCCUCAUUCGUCCUCCUCUUCCUCUCAUUCGGCGUCGGACUCGAUCCCCGGCAGGCCGCCCUCUUUGGCCCCCGGAUGGGCCCUCUUCUGGUUGGCGCGUCCUUGGGCUUGGUGACGUUCUCGUCGAGUGGUAUCAUCCCCGGCUAUGCUGGAGCGCAGAUGAACCCCUCGAGGUGCCUGGCUUAUGGCAUCGCAAGACGGAACAUGACAUACCAAUGGGUAUGGUGGUUUGGACCGGCGGUGGGGGCUCUCAUGAUGGCGGUCUUUUACAAUCUGAUCCCGCCGCAUCACACGGAACUGACGAAGCAAAAGAGCAAAGAGACUGAGCCAGACACGAUGGCUGGGCACACUGACAUACCCGUGGUGUGA